AUCGAAUGAAAAUUCAAGAUCUCAGAAUAAUAAUCAGAGACGACAAUCAUUUAUAUCAUCACCGAUAUCAUCAACAAAUCGAAAUCAUCAUUAUCAUAAUAAUCAAUUAUCAUCACAAGAUUCAGCUAUUGAUUAUUCAACAGCUGGAUGUUCAACAUCAUCAUCAUCGAUUCUAAUGGCCAAUAAUGGUGGUCAUCAAAGCAAUAUUAAUAAUAAUCAACAGGCCAAUAAUUCAAGCAAUAAUAAUAAUAAUAAUAAUAAUGAAUUUCGACGUGUAAAAAUAAAAAUGCCAAAAGCGAUACAAAAACAUCCAUCAUCGGAUUCAACAACAACAGCAGCCACAUCUAAUAAUGCAGCUAGUACAACAACAAUAUCAUAUGUUGAUAAUGUUAAACGACAAGAUUAUUCACCAAAAUCAUCGGCAUCUGAUUCAGGUAUAUCAUCCGGUACACCAUCACCAGCAUCGAUUAUGCCUAUCAAUACAACAACGGCCGUAACAGGUAUACAACAACAAUUAUCAUCUGUAAAUAGUCAAUCAUCAUCAACAAUUAUUGCCAGUGCAUUAUCAUCAUCUCGUCAUCAUAAUAAUCAUUUGGAUCUGGUCAAAAAUGCCUUAGUAGCAUUAGCAUCUAAACAGCAACGACAACAAAAUGAAGUUGAACAUAGAAGUGUGAUAGUUGAAAAUAGUCUUAAUAAUAAUGAUGAUAAUAAAUCAAUAUUGAUCGAAAAAAAUGAUCCAAAAUCAUCUGCAACAGCAAAUAUAAUCGUUUCAAAUGUAUCGAUAGUUCAUUCAUCAUCACAAAUGCCACCAUCAUCACAAUCAAUGGAUGUAACAUCGUCAUCAUCAUCAUUGGAUGAUCAUUCUGAUAUGAAAACCGUGAUGGAAAAAUCAAGUAUUCAACAGCAACAACAACAACAACAACAGGCAAUCAAUUCAUCAAAUACGACAGUAAAUAAUCAGAAAAAUUAUCCAACACAUUAUAAAAAACAUUUUGGACAACGUUUCAAUGCAGCUACUACGGCAUCAUCGAAUUCUUUAGGAAAAUUAUCGAUUAUUUCUUCCAGUGAACAGAAUCAAUUAUUAGCUAAAUCUGUUGAUGAACAACAACAACAACAACAACAACAUUCUACUACAUCGUCAUUGUCAAUCAAUGGUCAAUCAUAUGGAAAUGAUCAACAAUCACCGAAAUUGACAACAACAACGACAACAACAUCAACAUCGAAUAAUAUACAAGCGGCUGCUGCUGCUGCAAAUGCACGUAAUUUUCUUUAUGUUAAUGGCAUUACAACACCAUUAUUUUCGCCUGGACAUUUUGAUAUGUACGCUUAUGCUAAACAUCAUGCUAUGACCACAACCACAACUGGUGGCAAUUCUGUUAACGGAAAUAAUAACAAUGGACCACAUCAUCCAGCUGUAGCUUCAGUUCCUCAUUCUCAUCAUCAUCAUCAUCAUCAUCAUCAUCAAACGUUUGCCGGUGGUCCAUCAUCAACACAUCCACAUCAUUCACAUCAUCACUCUCAUCAUCCAGCACCAGCCGCACAUCCACAUCAUCAACAUGGAUCGAAUCAUGCACAUCAUCCUCCUCCUCCACAUCAUAUUGGUUCGACAAUAUCACAUCCACAACAGCAUCCAGAUUUACCACCACCACCACCUUCUUCACAUCAUCUGGGUCGUACUGGUACUGGGCAAGAUAUACCGUUAUCAUUGUCUAUUCAUCAUAGCCAGCAACAACAUCAUCCGCAUCAUCCGAAUCAUCAUUCAACACAUCAAGCACAUCAUCCUGCACAUCAACAAUUUCCACACCCAGCAUAUGCUACAUCGGCAUCACCGGCUUCAUCUGCGGUUACUGGUGGUGGUGCUGCUGCUGCUUCUGCAACAUCACCAUCAUCAUCAACUGGUAAUCGAUUAAGGAUUUCAGCUGAACUAUCCGAUCAUUCUCACCAUCAUCAUUACCUUCAUCAUCAUCAUCCAAAUGCUCCUCCACCUUCAUCAUUAUUGGUUGGGGGUGCAAGUGCCACUCAAUAUCAUCAUUCCAAAUUAUCAUUGGGUGUCGAAUAUCCAAAACAACAUUCAACACAAUCACAGCCAAAUGGUCCAAUAUCGACAACAACAUCAAUAUCACAUGGCCGAUCAAAUUUACAUCCAGGAUCGAGUGGUUCACAUCCAUCACAACCAGGUGUAGGUGCAGCUGCACCAUCACUAACACUGGCGCCACAUCGUGGAGCACAACAGAACAAUAAAUCUUAUAAUGCCAAUGUCAGUGGUUCGUCACGAUUAACCGUUCAACAAUCUUCCGCUUCAUCUUCAACAACAACAUCACCGUCAUCAUCAUCUACAUUAGCAACUGGAUCUGGAACAAAUUCUGCCUUACGAAUUCAGAUUGAUACGGCACAUUGUCAGAAUUUAGCUGAAUUUCAAGCAAAUUUUCACAAUCAAAAUUCUAACGAAAGUUCAUUACAUGAUUCUGAACAUCAUAUUGGCCAUCAUAAUGGUGAUAUGAUGAUCUUAUCACCAGGAGCAAAUGGUGAUAAUUCGAAUGGAGCAAGAUCUGUGGAUUCAAGUAAUGGUGGAUCACGUGGAUAUCGUUCAUUACCAUAUCCAUUGAAGAAAAAGGAUGGAAAAAUGCAUUAUGAAUGUAAUAUUUGUUAUAAAACAUUUGGACAGCUAUCAAAUCUAAAAGUUCAUCUGCGAACACAUUCCGGUGAACGGCCAUUUAAAUGUAAUGUUUGUUCGAAAAGUUUUACACAACUUGCACAUUUGCAAAAACAUCAUCUUGUACAUACGGGAGAAAAACCACAUCAAUGUGAAGUUUGUAAAAAACGUUUUAGUUCAACAUCAAAUCUGAAAACACAUCUACGUUUACAUUCCGGUCAGAAACCGUAUGCAUGUGAUCUAUGUCCUGCCAAGUUUACACAAUUUGUACAUCUUAAACUUCAUAAACGUUUACAUACUAAUGAACGGCCGUAUACAUGUCAAACAUGUGGAAAACGUUAUAUUAGUGCAUCAGGUUUACGGACACAUUGGAAAACGACCAAUUGUCAACCGAAUGCCGUACAAAGUGAUAUGAUUGAAAUGGAAUUAUCCAGAGCUGCUGCUGCAGCCGCUGUAGCUGCUUCAGUAUCCGGUACAAAUGGAACCAAUGGUGAUCUGAUGAAUGGUCGUUCUACAACCACCAAUGGUACAAGACGUAAUCGUAAACAAUCAAAUCUACGUCAUCAUCUUGGUUUGAAUUCAUUAUCACAUCUUCAUCAUCAUCAUCAUCAUAAUGGUAAAUUAACAUCAAACAAUGAUAGUUGCGAUGAUGAAUAUGUUGAUGUUAUGGAUGAAGAUGAUGAUUGUAUUGAUGAUGAUGUCGAUGAUGAUAUUCAUGUUGAUCCAGCUAUAAUGGCAGCAGCUAUGGUUGAUGAUGAAGAUAUGGAUGAUGAUGACGUUGAUGAUGAAGAAUCGGCUUUAUUAAUGGUGGAUGAAGAAGAUUGUGAAAUUGAUUGCGAAAUGAUGGUUGAUGAUGAACAUGCACAUCUUAACAAUGUAACGACAACGACAUCAUCAUCAACGACAACAAUAAAAACAUUGGCUAAUUCAAAUAAUGAACAUCGUCGUUCAUCAUCAAUUCAUCAUCAUCAUAAUAAUAAUAAUAAUAAUAAUAGCCAUCAACAAUCAUCACGUAAAUAUCGUAAACAACAAAUAGAUAAUAAUAGUAAUAGUACAAAUCUCGUUGGUAAUGAAAAUCGACGAUCACAGGAUGGUGGUAAUAAUAAAUUGACAACAAUUCGACAUCGACAUGUAACCAAUAAUAAUAAUACAGUGGUAUCAACAGUUGGUCAAGUAGGACAACGUAUUGAAAUGGUGGAUAGAAAUAUUUCACAGCGAACAAAUACAACAAAUGUUGUUGUUGGACAAAAACAACAACAACGAAGAUUACAUCGCGGUGGUCUAUCUGGUGGAUCAUUAGAUGAUUAUGAUGAUGAAGAAGAAGAAGAUGAUGAUGAUGAUGAUGAUGAUGGCGAUGAUGUUGUUGAAGAUGAUGAUGAUGUUGUUGUUGGUGGUGCUGAUUUUGCUGUUGUUGUUGAAAAUGAUGUAAACAAUGUUGUCGAUCAAUUUCGUUUUCAAUCCAAUGAGAAUAAUAAUGGUCAACAAACGAAAUCAGUAAUUUGUCAUUCAAUGAAUAAUAAUGAAUUGAAUAAUCAACAGCAAGAGAAGAUGAUUUCCAAUCAAACAACAACAAAUAAAUCAUCAUCAUCAUCGAUUGUAACAUCACCUAAAAAAGCAUUUGUAUUGAAAUAUGAAUCACGUGAGAAUAAAAAUGAUGAUGACCAACAUGAUGGUAGAAAUGAAAAACUAAUUGAAUCUAAAUCAUCAUCAUCAUCAUCAUUGACAAAAAAUGGUGAUAUUCAUACGGAAAAAGUAUCAACAUUAUUACAGCAAAGAAUUGUACAGAUAGCACGUAAUUCAUCGCCAUCAUCAUCGCAUCAACAAUUUUAUAAUAAUCAUCAUAUAUCAUCAACAUGUCAAGGUUCGAAUGGUAAUCAUAAUCAUAAUAAUAAUGGUAGUAGUUCCAAUUCAUCAACAGAAUCACAAAAAUCACCACCAUCAUCAUCAUCAACAUCAACAUCAACAAAAGAUCAUGGAUCACAUUUGACACCAAUCAUGAAUCAUGCAUAAUCAUUAAAAUAUAAUCAUCAUCAUCAUCAUCAUCAU